AUGCAGCAUCCUGGAGGAACAUGUGUGGCGUUACCCAAUGUGGAUGCCUGUCCUCAGCUGUCCUGCGCCGCCCUCACCUUUAUGUAUUUACAGCAGGGUAACCAGGACACACCAACUCCCCCAGAUCCAUCCAUGGCCCAGACGUACCCAUCAGCCCAGUUUACCCCCACUCCCCAGAAUGGCAUUACCCCUGAAUUCACAGCUUCGCAUCCUCACCCACAUCCACAUUCACACCAGCACCCAGUACCUCAAGACUACUCUGGAGUUCAGGCCUCUGUCAGCGACCAUCCACUUAAUAUAUACCAGUCUACACAGAGCCACAGUGACCAGAAUGGACCAGACAUCAUCCGUCAAACAGUUACCGGCACCGCCACACAGACAGACGAUCCUGCGCAGACAGAUAGUCAUCCACCGACGCAAACUGUACCUGAGAGCCCAGACAGCAAGGUCCAACCCAAAAGACUACAUGUCUCAAACAUUCCCUUCAGGUUCAGAGACCCAGACCUCAGGCAAAUGUUUGGCCAAUUUGGCAAAAUCUUAGAUGUGGAAAUCAUCUUCAACGAACGUGGUUCUAAGGGUUUUGGAUUCGUAACGUUCGAGCAUAGUAUGGAAGCUGACAGGGCCAGGGAGAAAUUACACGGCACUGUGGUGGAAGGUCGUAAGAUAGAGGUCAACAAUGCAACAGCACGAGUAAUGACCAAUAAGAAGACAGUCAACCCAUAUGCAAAUGGCUGGAAGUUGAAUCCAGUAGUCAGUGCUGUCUACAGCCCAGAAUUCUAUGCAGUGCCAGGUUUUCCCUACCCAGCAGCAAGUGCAGCAGCAGCAGCAGCAUACAGAGGAACCCACCUACGAGGUCGAGGACGAACAAUCUACAACACAUUCAGGGCGGCCGCACCACCUCCUCACAUUCCAGCUUAUGGAGGUGUUGUUUACCAGGAUGGAUUUUAUGGUGCAGAUAUUUAUGGUGGUUACGCUGCCUACAGAUUUGCCCAGCCUACUGCUGCCACAGCAGCUGCAUACAGUGACAGUUAUGGACGAGUAUAUGCUGCCGAUCCCUACAACCACACUCUCACCCCAGCAGCCACAUACAGCGUUGGUGCCAUGAAUGCAUUCACCCCUCUGACAGAUGCCAAAACACGGAGCCAUGUUGACGACGUCGGGCUUGUGCUAUCCUCCCUCCAGGCUAGUAUAUACCGGGGAGGCUACAGCCGCUUUGCUCCCUAUUAG